UCCCUUCAUCGUUGCCAGUUCCAUGGAAAAAAUUUGAUCGUUCGAAAUUGGCACCUUCCUAUUCAGAGAUACCAUGCAGUACCUAAAUUCGUCGCUGGGAGAGCUCGUGGAAACCGUCAAAUCCAUGGGGGGCGCAGAGGCGUUCCAGUGCCUGAAGCAGGUAUUUGGAAACGACUACGAAAUUCUGCUUCGUAAAGGUGUAUUCCCAUACAGCCACGUUAAUUCUUUUGCGGUGUACGACGAAUUGGCUCUGCCGGCAAAAUCUGCCUUCCGAAAUGAUCUCACUGGGGAGGAUAUAAGCGAGGAAGACUACCAGUAUGCGCUGCAAGUAUUUGAACAUUUUGGAUGCUCGAAUCUGAGGGAUUAUAAUGCACUGUACCUGAAAACGGAUGCCCUAUUACAUGCUGAUGUAAUGCAGCACUUUCGACGACUGUGCUACGACGCGCGUGGAUUAGAAUUGCUUCAUUGUGUUUCUCUGGCAUCCUAUUCGUGGCAAUGUGCUCUAAAUUACACGCAGGCAAAAUUGGAGUUAAUCAUCGACGAGGACAUGUACAGAACCAUCGAGUCGGGUGUUAGGGGCGGGCUCUGUCAGGCGAGCAGGCGUCAUUUGCGGGCUAACAACCCUCUAUGUAGUGGCUAUGAUCCCGAAAAAGAGGAGGUGUACAUAUCAUACAUAGAUUGCAACAAUCUUUACGGAUUCAGUAUGGUAAAGCACCUCCCCGUCGGCGAUUUCGAGUGGGUCGAGGAUUUUAGCUCUGUGGAUUUUCCCGAUGUGAUUUCCCCUUGCAGAUUGGCUUCACGAUUUUAGAACUGAGUAAAUUAACGAUGUACUCGUUCUACUACGAAACUCUGCUGAGCAAGCUCACUUGUCCGGUGAUUACCUGCUACUUUGACGCGGAUUCUCUGAUCCUCGGCCUAUUCUGCAAGGAUUACGAAGAUCAGUUACGUGUGAUCGCCGAUGACCAUUUAGACUUGUCUUCCUUUGAUCGGGGUCAUCCCCUGUACAGCGAGAGGAAUCGUGGUAGGCUUGGUGCAUUCAAAAGUGAAACCGGUAGCAUACCCAUAGAGGAAGUAAUAUGCUUGAAAGCCAAAAUGUACUCCAUCAAACUAGCUGGGGGAAAACAAAUUGCAAGAGCUAAAGGGGUCAAAAAGAACAUUGUGCGCAAACACCUCCUCCAUGAUACGUACCACGAUACCCUGUUCAAGCACACUAGCGUAUCGCACGAACAGGUGUCAAUAGUGGGAAAGAAACAGUGCAUGUACACCAUCAGAAAUGUGAAAAGAAGUCUGAUGGCGUACGACGACAAACGAUACCUCUACAAUGACAUCGACUCCUACCCAUACGGAAGCUGCGAAUAUGAUAAUGCAGAGGAUGAGAAGGAGUAGCGUCAGUUGGACCAGUGGAAGGAUAUGGUAGCUCGUUCUCUUCUCGCUCGUCUCAUGCACGCUGGCGCUGGACACCUGCAACUGAAGACGCAUGAAGCUCGAGAAGGAUAAGCACACCUACCCGCUUGAAUGCCCUGGUGAUAUCUUCACUAUCACAGAUUGGUAUGUGGUACCUAUGCGGUCCAACAUUAAGCUGGACAAGAACGCUACUGGA